CACUUACCACCGCCACAAUGUCUUCAGCAUCAUAUCUAAUCGAAAAGCCAGUCCGCAGCGACUACGAAGAAUGGUCCAAAUUAUUCCGCGCCUACAUUGACUUCUACAAAUCCAAGAUUGACGAGGAUCAAUACGCGCGAACUUUCGACCGCAUCAUCGAAGAGAAGAAUGGACUGCAAGCGCUGGUCGUUCGACAAGUUCGAGGAGAGGAGAAGAAAUUGGUUGGGAUAGCGCAUUUCUUUCCGGAGCAGACGCCUUGGAGCGAGAAGGAGAUUCUUUUACUCAACGACUUGUUCAUCGAUCCUGAAGUUCGUGGGGAGGGUCUUGGGAGAAAGUUGACGCAGGCUGUUGCAGAUGUCGGGAGAGAGAAGGGUUUCAUGAGGGUGCAGUGGGUUACCAAGCAUGAUAAUACAGCGGCACGCAAGCUUUAUGAUACUCUGGCUGAGAGUCAAUUUGUUCAGUAUAGAAUGGCCUUGUAA